GUUGGGUCUUGCAUAUCCGGGGGCCAUGCCCCGGCAGUUUCUGCAUCCGGGCGGGCGGGCGCGGUAAUUCUUCAGGCCGGUUGGCAGUCACAUCUGGAGCAGAGCCACCUUGAGGAGCCAGAGCCUGUGACCAUCUCUACCUGGUUGGACCCAGUGACCCAUCUUCAGCAGCUGACAUCACUUGGAAGACUUAGGGACCUGGGAGCACUCAGGAGAGCCUUUCCCUGAGACAUGGAGCUUGGGGACCGAAUGCUCCGGGCCCUCCUGUCUGGCCUGGGAAGGAAGGGAGGCACCAGGGACUGGGCCUUCAGCUCAUGGCAACCCUAUCUGCCCCUGGCUGGGUUGUUGAGUGCCACAGAGGUGGUCAGCCACUGGACUGCAGUCUUUGAGAAGAGGGGCAUCCCUGAGGCCCAGGCAUCCAGUGAGUACAUCGUGGCUCAUGUCCUUGGAGCCAAAACAUUUCAGAGCCUGAGACCAGUACUUCGGACCCAGCCCCUGAGUCCUUGGCAGCUACAGCACGUGCAGAAGCUGAGUAGCUGCCGAUUGCAAAGGAUGCCUUUGCAGUACAUCCUCGGGGAGUGGGACUUUCAAGGGCUCAGUCUGAAGAUGGCCCCCCCAGUGUUCAUCCCUCGCCCGGAAACUGAGGAGCUGGUUGAAUGGGUGCUGAAAGAAGUGACCCAGAGUUCCUGUCCAAUGGGAGCCCAAGGUGGCCCCCUCAUCCUGGAAGUGGGCUGUGGAUCGGGAGCCAUCUCCCUCAGCCUGCUGACUCAGCUUCCCCAGAGCCGAGUCAUUGCUGUGGAUAAAGGAGAAGCUGCCAUCUGCCUGACCCAGGAGAAUGCUCAGAGGCUUCGGUUGCUGGACAGAAUUCAGAUCGUUCCCCUGGAUGUGACUUUAGAGGGGAGCUGGUCACACCUCCUGCCCUGGGGCCCCAUGGACCUGGUCGUCAGCAACCCUCCCUACAUCUUCCACCAAGACAUGGAGCAGCUGGCCCCUGAGAUCCGCAGCUAUGAAGACCCAGUAGCCCUGGAUGGUGGGGAGGAGGGCAUGGACAUCAUUACCCACAUCUUGGCCCUGGCACCUUGGCUUCUGAAGGACUCUGGGAGCAUCUUCUUAGAAGUGGAUCCAAGACAUCCAGAGCUUGUUGGCAGCUGGCUUCAGAGCCGGCCUGACCUGUCCCUUGAUCUCGUGGCUGUGCGCAAGGAUUUCUGUGGGAGGCCCAGGUUCCUGCAUAUCCGGAGGUCUGGGCCACAGUGUGGCUGCCUUAUGGAAGCCUGACCAGGGCCCCAGCCUACCAGAGUGCCUGGCUGAUCCUUCUUCCUGGAAUGCUACUUGGAGGGAGGUGAUGGCACUUUCUAGAACCCAGAUGCUUAUGACAUUUCCCAUGGCUCUGUGAUUCCCCAAGCUCCACAUUUCUGGGAGACUUGGGGAUAGAAGCAAGGGUGGGGAUGUCCUUCUUGGGGUGGCAAAGAACAAGGACAUCCAUAGUUUGGCUCAGAGCUGAGCAGACCUAGGUUCCCAUUCUGGCUUCCCAUCACACCAGUGUGGCCAAGGGUAGGUUGCUCAGUGUCUCUGUGAGUGGAAUUGCCUUGGGGAUGUUGGGAGAUAUGGCCAAUAAAGUGUCAAGAGACCAACAAAUAGUCGUCUAAUGUUUUGUUACUGUGAUUUGUGGGUGUCCUGUCCCCUUGUCCCCAGGCAGUGCUGGGAGUAAGAGCUUCCUCCUGCUCCAGCAGGACUAGCCAUCAGUCUCCCAUCUGGUGGGAGUGUGAGAGUGUAGUGUGGAGAAAGGCACAUGGGUGCUCCUUUUGGCCUUGGAUGCCAGGGGCUUGGGACUAAUCAACUCACUCCUAGGGUUCGACCUAGCCCUCAACUGCCCUAGGUACACUCCCACACACCCUGACUGGGUCUAGGCUCUGAGCACAGGAGUAUCAUCUGAACUUCAGCUCAGAGCUGACUGCCUGCUUCCU